AUGACUUGUCCUUUCCUCGGGUUCUUGCAUAUAGUCUCCAAGGACAAGAUCCAAAGCAUCUAUAAUCAACCUUAUGUCCUGGUUCUUAAUAGGAAGUUGCUCACGAAUGGGGAGCGUUACAGGCUUCACCUUAGUGUUGAUCCUUAUUGUGCCAUUUGUGCAGGUCACCUUAGUGUUGAUCCUUAUUGUGCCAUUUGUGCAGGUCUGGUGGAGGACGAGUUACAUGUCCUACGUGAUUGUUGCUUCGUGAAGGGUCCUUUGGAGCACGAUCUUAUUGUCUGUUGCUGGAAGAUUUGGGAAAGGAGAAAUAAAUGGAUUUUUGGUGAUGAGCACAUUUCCAUUUAUGGGACGUUACAAGAUAUUAUGUCAUUGGCUUCUGCUAUUCAUGAGCCAAAUUGUAUAGGUCUGAGUAUGAGAGCUUAUGGAGGUGGUCUGCUCCGAAACAUGAAGGUAAAUGGCUCGCAUGUUUUUGUUUCUAAUUUUGGUUCAUGCUCGGUCCUCAACGCUGAGCUGUGGGCGAUGCUAGAGGGCUUGUAUCUGGCUAAGGGCCAGGGUGUAUCUCAUCUUCUUAUUGAGUGUGAUAACACAGUCGCAGUCCAGUUAGUUCAGGGCCAAACUCAGUCCUCUGGUGUUGUUCAAAAACUAGUGCUUCUGAUUCAAAACAUUCUCAACAGUGAUUCGCAAUGUCAGGUUGUUCAUGUUUACAGGGAAGCCAACUGGUGUGCAGACUAUUUGUCAAAGUUUGCAGGAAGUUUUUCUUUUGGGUCUCAUUUUCUGCAAGAUCCUCCACAUGGGCUAUGUCAAUGGAUUAUGCAUGAUUCUAUAGGGGUAGCCUAUCCUAGGCUUUGUAUCUCUACUUAG